AAAGGGAGCGUUGACGACCCAAAGUUUGCAUUUUUUUUUCACCGUUGUUCAAAUUGGUUAUCCGUGGGUUUGGAUGUUGAACUGAUCAAUCUGCUCUUCAACUGAAUACUGGGAGUCGCUGGCCCCAAUUUGAUCUUUUAGCGAACGGAAGAGAGUGCUGACUACCCAAAAUUUGGGCAAGCUCCCCCCGAUCUCCUCCUACGUCUCUUCGCAUAAAGAAGAGAGCGUUGACGGCCCAAAGUUUGGAAUUUGGGCGGGUUUCUUGGAUUCUCGAAUGAUGGCGGACGACACGAGCGGGAGCUCCAGUAGCGGGGCAGCGGUUGAUUCGCCCCUUGUUCAUUCUCUGCGGCAGAAGCUGAAUCAACCUUCGAAAUUGGAAGUGUACAAUGAGAUCCUCCGUCGGCUGAGGGAGGAUGGGUUGGCGGAGGCGCAGUCCUCGUCUUUCAAGGAUGCGUUGUGGAGUCAUUUCAAUCGUCUUCCUGCUCGUUAUGCCUUAGAUAUAAACCUGGAGAGGGCAGAGGAUGUGUUGGCUCAUAAGAAGUUGCUUGAACUGGCUCAAGGGCCUGCAGAGACGCUCGCAUUUGCUAUCCGUGUGGUGCAGGCUCCUUGGUUUAUGGAUGAAAACCAUGCCGAUUCUUCCAAUGUAAAUGCGCCAAUAAUAGGAGAUGAUCAUGUUCCUUCAACCAACUUUAAGCAUAGUAUUCAUCCUCUUCCUGCCUUUAGUUCGUCGAAAAAUCUUGUGGCUUUGGCUACCGAAGGUACUAGGCACCAAAUUGAAGAUGAUGCCAGUACAGACAAUUCAACACAUUCCUCCAGACCAAUGCAUGAGAUCACGUUUGCCACACAUGAGAAACCAAAGCUCCUAAGUUUGCUGACUUCUUUGCUCGCUGAGCUUGGACUUAACAUUCAAGAAGUACAUGCAUUUUCAACAAAUGAUAGUUACUUGUUGAAUGUAUUUGUUGUUGAUGGUUGGCCUUACGAGGAAAUCGAACAGCUUAGAGCUUCAUUGGAGAAGGAAGCUCACAAGAUAGGGAAAGAAGCUUGGUCAAGAUCUUGUCUGUGGUCUUCUAUCGAUAAUUAUUUACAGUUUGGAGAAGAAGACUUUCAAUCUGUCAAUGUUGAAUCACCAAUAGAUGGAAGUGAUGCAUGGAAGAUUGAUUUUCAGCUGUUGAAGUUUGGAAAUAAAGUAGCAUCUGGAUCACAUAGUGACCUUUAUCAAGGAGCAUAUUGUAGUCAGGAGGUGGCAAUUAAAGUACUGAAGACUGAGUGUGUGGACGAGAACAUGCAGCGAGAAUUCGCUCAGGAAGUGUUCAUUAUGAGGAAGGUUCAUCAUGAGAAUGUGGUAAAGUUUAUCGGUGCUUGUACUAAACCUAAAUUAUGCAUUAUUACAGAAUUUAUGACAGGGGGAAGUGUCUAUGACUUUCUUCACAAAAAGAAAAAAACCUUCGACCUUCCAAGUUUACUCCGAGUAGCAAUUGAUGUAUGUAAUGGAAUGAACUACUUGCACCAAAAUAACAUCAUCCAUCGGGAUCUAAAGAGUGCCAAUCUUCUGAUGGAUGAGAAUGAGGUUGUUAAGGUUGCAGAUUUUGGUGUUGCGCGUGUUAAACCUAUCUCUGGAGUUAUGACUGCUGAAACAGGAACCUAUCGCUGGAUGGCGCCUGAGGUCAUACAACACAAGCCCUACGAUCAAAAGGCCGAUAUCUUCAGCUUUGGAAUUGUAAUUUGGGAGUUGCUAACAGCUAAGCUCCCAUAUCAAUACUUGACGCCCAUUCAAGCAGCAGUUGGCGUCGUUCAACAGGGUUUAAGACCUACCAUCCCGAAUACUCAUCCAAAGCUUGCUGAGCUGCUAGAGAGAUGCUGGAAGCAAGAUCCAGCCGAUAGACCUGAUUUCUCGGAGAUACUAGAGAUCCUACAGCUUAUCGCAGAAGAGGUGGAAGGUGAAACCUACGACUCCCAAAAGGAAGCAUUUUCGGUCGGGUUGUUUUGGUUUCUUAGGUUCUGGCCUCUGAACCGAUAUUGUUGUGUAUGAAAGAAUUUUGCAAACUGUCAUCUUCCUGCAGUAAUCAAUGAAUGUACUUCGAUCAAAAGAGUUGAGCAUCAGAACAAGAACAAAGAUGGAAUACAGCAAAUUUGAGUUCCUCUUCAUCUUUCACUUAGUGAGAUUGCAAAGAUAAAGAUGAUUGCUUUAAUUCA